AUGGCUGCAGCUGUGUUCAUUGUUGUGCCAAUGAUGUUGAUUAUGCUUGUUGAUGCUGGUGUUCCGUUUCUUCCAGAAAUCGCUUCUGGAUCGCGUCUCCACUCCUCGUGCUCUUCGUCGCCUCAAUCGACACAUUCAUUGGUUAAAGGCGAGAAUUCGUUCUUUAAGAGAAUCGCAAAGACAACUCAAACAGCUACAUCA